AUGCGAAAGUGCAAGAGCAAGACUGUGCAUUGCAGUUUCAACUCACCUUCAAAUGGGAGCGGAAGUACGGCUGAGAAUUUUGAUGAAAAUGAUGAAGAUUAUGUUAACUCUAGCGUGGUUGAAACUGUUGAGUUUAAAGAGCUUGCCCAGGCUUAUGAGGUUCUGAGUGAAACUGAAAAGUGUGAGAUUUAUGAUCAGUAUGGUGAGGAUGCUCUCAAAGAAGGAAUGGGUGGCGGCCACGACCCAUUUGAUAUCUUCCAAUUUGUUGAUGGCUUCUUUGAACAGGUGGUAUUAGCAGAGGGAGGAGGUAGAAAAGGGGAGACGAUGUGGUUCAUCCCCUCAAGGUCUCGCUUGGAGACCUAUACCUCGGAACAUCUAAGAAGCUCUCGCUCUCUCACAAUGUACUUUGCUCAAAGUGCAAUGGGUAAGUAUAAUCAUAUCAAAAUUUCAAGUUAUUGCAAAGAGUACAAGUCUGGAAAUUCUACAAAGUGUGCUGGUUGCCAAGGAACUGGUAUGAAGGUUUCCAUCAGGCACCUUGGUCCCUCUAUUGUUCAGCAAAUGCAGCAUCCUUGCAGUGAAUGUAAGGGUACUGGCGAAACCAUCAGUGACAGGGACCGUUGCCCACAGUGCAAAGGAAAGAAGGUUGUGCAAGAGAAGAAGGUUCUUGAGGUCCAUGUGGAUUAA